CUUCUCUCUCUAUGAAGCUCUCCUCCAUCCACUAAAAAAAGGCUGAGACUAGGGUUCACCCCCUCAAAAGUGCCUGACGCAACUUCUAUCACCCGGAACAGAAGCGGCGCGUCGCAAGGCCUUCCAUGUGCUACAGCGUGUCUCCCUCAGCGUCGACGGCAGCCGAUCUCAGCACGGAACCGCGUGGCAGCUUGCAGCAGGAGCCAAACACGCGCAAUUGCAGCUAACGCACGCGGCGCGAAGACGCCUCGCAGCGACGACCAUGCCGCCGGAACCGAGCGCCGAGUCGCAGUUGAUGAACCCCGACGUCCAGGUGCGUCGGGGUUCCAGUGCGGAGUCACCUAAAGGAAAUUCGGUAACACUGAAGAAGGAGCUGGGUCUCAUGAACGGCGUAGGGAUGAUUGUCGGGGUGAUCAUAGGCGCCGGUAUCUUCGUUUCGCCCACGGGAGUGCUUCGGUACGCCGGCUCCACCGGCAUGGCCCUCGUGGUAUGGGCUGCGUGCGGUCUCAUAUCGAUGGUCGGAGCCAUGUGUUAUGCCGAACUAGGGACGAUGAUCCCAAAGUCGGGAGGGGACUACGCCUACAUUUUCGCCGCUUUCGGUCCGCUGCCGGCAUUUCUCUUUUUGUGGGUCGCGCUCCUCAUCAUUCAGCCCACGAGCAACGCGAUCGCCGGCAUCACUUUCGCCAACUACAUCUUGGAACCAAUCUACGCCGGCUGCUCACCACCGGACAACGCGGUGAGACUCGUCGCUGCAGUGGUCAUAUGUUUACUUACAUUUAUCAACUGCUACAAUGUCAAGUGGGCAACACUUGUUCAAGAUUCCCUCAUGUUUGCUAAGGUCAUUGCCUUGGUUAUAAUCAUUAUCGCUGGUGUUGUGCACCUUGCUCAAGGGAACACAGGAAACCUCCAGAACAUGUUUGAAGGGACUACUAGGAAUCCUGGGCUCAUUUGUUUGUCCUUUUAUUCUGGCCUCUUUUCCUAUGCAGGAUGGAACUACUUGAACUUUGUAACUGAGGAAUUGAAGAACCCUUUUAGGAACUUGCCAUUUGCCAUCUACAUUUCAUUACCCAUGGUGACAAUCAUAUAUCUCCUUGCCAAUGUUGCAUACUUUGUUGUCCUCACUGCUGACGAAGUUCAGUCAGCAAAUGCUGUUGCUGUGACAUUUGGGGAAAAGAUUCUUGGUGUGGUGUCAUGGAUUAUGCCAGUUUCUGUGGCGCUUUCUACAUUUGGAGGCCUCAAUGGUGGCAUUUUUGCAUCUUCUCGCUUAUUUUUUGUAGGUGCAAGACAGGGACACCUGCCUACAUGCCUUGCUAUGAUUAAUGUGUCACACUUUACACCAGCUCCCAGCCUAGUGUUCUUGUGCCUUCUCAGCCUGCUGUACCUGACAAACACAGACGUGUUUGUUCUCAUAACAUACACUGCCUUUAGUGAGGCCAUGUUCAUAAUGUUGUCUGUGGGUGGGCUGCUGUGGCUUCGGAUAAAGCAGCCAAACACAAAACGACCAAUUAAGGUGAACAUCAUACUGCCUAUAUUGUUCUUCCUCAUUUCGCUGUUCCUUGUGGUGCUACCAUUCUUCAGCCAGCCUUUGGAAACAUCUAUUGGGGCCGGCAUCAUGUUGUCUGGAAUUCCUGUUUACUUCCUCACAAUCUACUGGAAGGAUAAACCUCUAGCUUACAGGAGAACAAUUUGUGUGGUGACGGAGUAUGUGCAGAAAAUAUUGUACAGCGUUCCGCAAGAAGAUAAGGUGGGAGCGGAUUAGCAGCGUGCAUCGAGAAGGGUUUUCUCUCAGAGCGGCGACGCUUUGGUCCUCCUAAGCGUGGCGUUAUUUUUUAGAUGCUUUUUUUUCAUUUGAACUUUGUGCUUGCGAGGUGCAUCGGUGUCCAUGCUAGCCUCGUUUACAGAAGAAUGCAUUUAAGUGUUUUCGUGAUUGAUUCGAAUGCGAGAGCGCGUUUCCUGUGGGUAAAAAUCCAUUUUGGAAUAGCAGAAUGAGAGCGUGUUACAUUUGUGUGUGUGUGUGUGUGUGUGUAUGUGUGUGUGUGCACACGCGCGCGUGUGUGUCUUUGCGUGGCGUUAGGAAUCGUUUUUUCGAAACACUUAUUUUAUUUGUUGCAAGGCAUUCUACACUUUUGUGCUUUAUUUUGUAGUUGACAUCUUUGUUUAUGCACGGCACAAUUAGUCGUUUCUUAUUGACAAUUGAGAAAGCUGCUGCUCUCUAUAUUACUAUAUAUUGAGGUGGCGCAUGUGAAGAACCGCUUUUGCGCCAUAUUCUUGUGGUACUUAAGGUUUUUUUUUUUUAGCUACUCGAAACCAAUGCGCAGUUACCCAAAUGAUACAUUUGCAAGGUUUAAGGUAAAGUUUUACGUGAUGGUUGUUACUUUUGUUCGAAGUGGAGUGUUCAUACCAUAUGGUGUUGUAUAUGUGAGCAUGCGUCAUGGCGUAUCAUGAAAGGAGUCGAAAAGGGCGACGUUGCGUACAAUAUUCCAGUGUAUUCACACACCCCCCUCCCGUCAUUUUCUUUCGCGCUCUAGUGCUAUGGGGCGCUUCCAAUCCGGCGAACAUCCAUUGUGCGUAUGUCAGUGUGCGAUCGUGAGCAUUUAAUAGGAGGGAAGCGUCGUGAGUGUUUCGCCUCGUCUCGCCCACAGUUGAUCGGCGCGCGAGAACAAGUAGCGCCGCAGUUAUUUCGUAGAUGACUGAGGCGCCGCGCGCGUCCAGUUGGUCGAGGCGAGCGAACGCUCAACUGCGGCUGAAACCACAGCCUGCGCGUGCGUCGACUGAUCCUGGCAUUGUAGCUAAACGAGAUAAUAACUUUGAGGAUUGAGAGAACGACCGUCUGUGUGGGAUGAGGUGACACUAUACGUGCGUGUGGUCAUGAAUGAGAUUUAGCUUUAUACAGUUAUGUUCUAUUCAGUCACCCCUCCUGCAACUAUACGCAACUAACUACUGGGGAUGUCUGGCGGUGUGCGCGUUCAAUUGUUACAUUAGUUUGCGGUGUGAGCAUUGUUUUUUUGUUGUUUUGAAAUUCGUGUUAGCCGUUCCUGCACCCCCCCCCCCCCUCCUUCGGAAGUCGCGAAGUGGGCGAAGUUUUUUUUUUUAUCAAAUUGCAUAUGUGCAUUCAGCAUAUUUGCUCAGACUAACCUUAGGCGUUUCACAACGAACCAUAGUACGCUUUAGCUAGUUUAAAACCUACGCCAAAAUUAUUUUUGAGAAAUUUAUAUUCAGUCGAUAUUGGAUUAUGGAAGCAUUCUAAUGCAAUAUAUAUAUAUAUAUAUAAUGUGUGUGUGUGUGUGUGUCAUUCUUGUGUGGGAGAGCACGAUUGUUUAUACACUUUAAGGUAUACUGGGGAUACUUCUUGCUUUUUAUUGUGUUUCUUUUGCAAAUUGCAUGUCUAUUAUGCGUAUCUACGCACUGCCCUGAAACAAACGUCGUAAACGGUAUGUACUGAGCUCUGCAAAUGAGCGAAAUCAGUGUGUACGGUUGAGCGUAAAUAUUUGCCUUACUCGUUCUUUUGCAUGCCCACGAGCACCUUAAGCAUUAGGGAAAACUAAUGCAUUUGUGGACUAUUCAAGCCACGGCACAGUGCUCAGUACUAAUUUGUUGUGAGCGUAGAUGGUGUGUACGUAUAAUUGUAGUUGUGAUGAUGUGCUCGUAAUAAGUCUUUGCUAAGUUACUUGUGUCUUGGCCACCCCUCCUGAAACUAUACGCAACUAACUACUGGGGAUGUCGGGCAGUGUGCGCAUUCAAUUGUUACAUUAGUUUGCGGUGUGAGCAUUGUGUUUGUUUUGUUUUUUUGAAAUUCAUGUUAGCUGUUCCUGCACAUCUCCCCCCCCCCCCCCCUUUCUUCGGAAGUCGCGAAGUGGGCGAAGUUUUUUUUUUUACCAAAUCGCAUACGUGCAUUCAGCAUAUUUGCUCAGACUAACCUUAGGCGUUUCACAACGAACCAUAGUACACUUUAGCUAGUUUAAAACCUACGCCAAAACUAUUUUUGAGAAAUUUAUAUUCAGUCGAUAUUGGAUUAUGGAAGCAUUCUAAUGCAAUAUAUAUAUAUAAUGUGUGUGUGUGUGUGUCAUUCUUGUGUGGGAGAGCACGAUUGUUUAUACACUUUAAGGUAUACUGGGGACACUUCUUGCUUUUUAAUAUGUGUUUCUUUUGUAAAUUCCAUGUCUAUUAUGCGUAUCUACGCACUGGCCUGAAACAAACGUCGUAAACGGUAUGUACUGAGCUCUGCAAAUGAGCGAAAUCAGUGUGUACGGUUGAGUGUAAAUAUUUGUCUUACUCGUUCUUUUGCAUGCCCACGAGCACCUUAAGCGUUAGAUAAAACUAAUGCAUUUGUGGACUAUUCAAGCCACGGCACAGUGCUCAGUACUAAUGACAUCGCUUUUGUUGUGAGCGUGGAUGGUGUGUACGUAUAAUUGUAGUUGUGAUGAUGUGCUCGUAAUAAGUCUUUGCUAAGUUACUUGUGUCUUGGUUUUGUAUUAUUCAUGUGGUAAGGAUCGAGGCAGCGUUAAAAAUUGCGUACGAAAAUAAUUUUAUGUACUCCGUGGUCUGCGAUGCUAUUGUUUUGAUGGUGUCAAGAGAAGUAUAUGGUUCUCACUUCGAGCAUUUAAUUCCGGUUUAUUGAGUUUGAAUUAAGCGUGGGUGUUCCUGAACAGACACCAAGUUGCGUCGUUCUUAUUGAUUUUGCGUAACCUUCUUUAUGUUAUGAUACAAUGUCGGCUCACCAUGGAGGUAAGAAAGAAAGGCACUUCAGCCCACUUUAAGCUUGUGAUGACAUACUUCGUCGGGAUUGCGGUAUCCGCGAAAAGUUUUGAGUGGCACAAGACUUCUCUUUUUCUUUUCUUUGUGUUUUCAUUCAUAGUGCCUAUAUAUUUGCAUAUUGCUAUGUUUUGUCAUAUUUUGUUAGUUAAAAAUGGUAUUGACAACAUGAAAGCUUGGCAUACUUCUUUGGGCUAUGCUAGAAAUUUCGAGACAUUUAUCUUGUGUGCUGCCUAAUAUUGACUUUCGGUGUUUUUUAAGGACACACGGAAUCCAAAGGGACCACGUGAAUGUGACUAUGUUCUUUUUCUAUACACUGUGUUACCAAAGCGAAGUGCGCUGCUUCUUGUAGGGGAAGGUUGCGUUGUUGUUGCCUUUUUUUUUUAUCUCACGUGUUGGUGACUUUGAUGAAGCAGGUGGUGAAUAUUUAGUAAGAAUGUUUCAGAAAUGCCACAUGGAUUCUGCAGCUCUGGUCGCCCUUGUGCCGUUUCGAGUACGUGUCUGCAGGAUUCUGAGGGAACCUCUGACCCUCGGCUUGCUCGGGUAGCGCUCAGUCUUCCUGAUGUGAAAUUUGAUUGCCGCAACCUAUAUAACGUACGAGGCGUAGCGGUACUUAGCGCUGGCGGGCAGCACUUGCUCGAAAGCUUCUCCAGCAGUGGUACGCUAGAGCGAAACACGAAAGACGCCCACUAUUGCAUGUGGGCAACGCCUGGAAGUAACAUUUUCGGGAUGUGUCGCAUGAGCCUUUCAACUGGCCGAAGGCUUGAGAGUAUCGUCCAAGUGCCUAAGCUGUUUGCCUAUAUGGUACUUUUUUUGUGUGCGCGUCACACUAAACUUUCUUUCUUUUUCUUUUUUUUUUCAUUUUUCACCGCUGUCUGCGGAUUUCUUGUGCAAACGCUCUCUCUCGUGCGCGCGCGUGUGUGUGUGCGUGUGUGUGCGUGUGUGUGUGUGCGUGUGUGUGUGUUUUAACGUUUGGCUUUUGUCACUUAUGAUGCUCGUGAAUGUUUCUCACAGAACAGAGCACGCUAUUUUUUGAUAGCACGCCUUUGUGCUGUCGUUUUUCACGAUGCUUUUCAAGCUUUCUGUGUGAGAAAGUGUCUUGCGUGACUGACCGACUACCGUCAUUGUACACUGCUGGGUUCUGAACGGUUGGCUUAUGUACCGCCAAGAAAUGUUGAAAUGGACGUACGCGUGAGUUUGGUGUUUGCGCAGUUGUAAAGACAUUGCUGCCAAAGGUGCCUUACUGAGUGCGGGGUGAUCAGUGUGUGAUGACGGGCAAUUUCAUUUGCAAACGCGAGUCAUACUAGGUAAUGCCAUGAAAUAAAUAUUUGUUUUUUCAACCUACAAA